GCAAAUGGGACGAGACACGAGCUCAGUAGGGAAGUGUUUGGUGUUGGUGGUAGUGGUUGUGUUGGUUGCUUGGUGGUGGAUACGACCCCGAGUCGGCGUCACGGGCCCCGGCAAGAGCACAUUUUGUGCAAGUGUGACACGUGGAGCCUUAACGCGAAUGUGACACUCGGAGGGGUGGGUAGGGGGGCAGCUUAGGUGCGCAACUUUGGGUCAAAAAAGUGAGCGAUAACGAUACGCGUUUGAUACAUAGGCAGCACACACAAUGUGGUGAGCUUGUCCGGGUACAGGUGAGCGCAGGUGUGAGCACAGGUGAGCGUGUGUGAGCACAGGUGAGCGCGGGUGUGAGCGCAGGUGAGCGCGGGUGUGAGCACAGGUGAGCGCAGGUGUGAGCACAGGUGAGCGUGUGUGAGCGCAGGUGAGCGCAGGUGUGAGCACAGGUGAGCGUGUGUGAGCGCAGGUGAGCGCGGGUGUGAGCGCAGGUGAGCGCGGGUGUGAGCGCAGGUGAGCGCGGGUGUGAGCGCAGGUGAGCGCGGGUGUGAGCACAGGUGAGCGCAGGUGUGAGCACAGAACCCCAGUGCGGGAGUCGUAGUAGGAGUAGGAGGGGGAGGUCGUCACGGGUAUUAUAAAUCCAAGAGAGAAGUUGCUCGGCAAAGCUUCGGCAGCAGCUACCCAAAGGGUUCCUUGAGCUACGCGGGGAGUGUGGAGCCGAGCAUCAUGAGUCCGUCUCCUCGCCCGCCGCUCACAGAGCGGCCAGGUGCGGCCAACGCCGGCGACGGCGUGGUGGUGGUGAGUCCUGGCUGCGGAGACUCGGAGUGUGUGGGAGGGCAUCAUCCACACGCCGUCUUUCGCAAGAACAUCUUCAGCGCGGCCAAGGCAGGGAACCUGCCUCUGUGCCAGGAGAUCGUGGAGUCGGAGGGCAUCGCGAGCCUCUCUCGGCGCGAUGCGGCGGGCCACACGGCCGCUCACUGGGCCGCCCUGGGGGGCCACGUCACCGUGCUGCGGUACUUUGCCGAGUGCGGCAGGCGGGGUGGCGGCGGCGGCACGGGCGCGACCCUCGCGGUGAACGCGCCGAGCGACGCCGAGCCGGGCUCGCGGCCCAUCCACUGGGCGGCCACCAACGGGCACGUGGCGGCCAUGGAGGCGCUGCUGGUGGCCGGCGUGCCGAUCGACGAGCCGGACCAGCGCGGGUGCACGCCGCUCGUGGUGGCGGCGCAGUUCGGGCAGACGGCGCUCGCCGGCUACCUGCUGGGGCGCGGCGCGGCGCUGCAGGCCUGCGACACGGAGGGAGACAAUGCGCUGCACUGGGCGGCGUUCAAAGGGCACUGCGAGCUCACCCGCCUGCUCACCUACUCGGGCUUCAACCCCCGGCAGACGGACAAGUUCCAACAGACCCCGCUUCACCUCGCCGUGCUCAGCGGGGACCUGCUCACCGUCAAGCUGCUCUGUGAGCAGGAUGAGGUGGAGCUGAACGUCAUGGACGCGAAUGGGAACACGCCGCUUGCGCUGGCCCAGGGCCGCAAGUACGGGGACAUCGUGGCCUACCUCGCCAAGGCGACCGCACGCUCGCGCAGCCUGCUCCAGUGCUGCGACCUCAGGAGCCUGGUACUGGGGCCUCCCGGGAAGUCAAAGGCCCCCGUGAUGUUCUUCUACUGCACGCUGCUGCUGUGGGGUUACCCCACGUACGUCCUCCACGUGCUGCCCCUGACGCUGCUGGAGAUGAAGGCCGUGAACGUGACGUUCGUAGCGGGGAACCUGGUCAUGUGGUACUCCUUCCUGCGUGCGUCACUCUCUGACCCCGGGUUCCUCCCGCAGAACAACCCCGACUACGACCACGCCAUCAAGCAGAUGGCGCGGUACGCGGACUGCGAGCACGCGGCGUCGGCGCUCAGCCGGCUGUGCCACACGUGCCGCCUGGUGCGCCCGCUGCGCUCCAAGCACUGCCGCGUGGCCAACCGCUGCGUGGACCACUUCGACCACUACUGCCCCUACGUGUACAACACGGUCGGCUUCCGCAACAGGUUUCACUUCCUGGGCUUCCUGGCGAGCAUGUCGUUCAACUGCUGGCUGGGCGUGCACAUGGCGUGGUCGGUGCUGUCCUGGUAUGGCCGCGACCUCCUCCUCUUCGCCGGUCUCCUCUUCCUCUGCGUCUUCGGCACCAUCUCCGGCGGCAUGACCAUCGCCUGCCUGUACAUGGCGGGCACGAACACGACGACCAACGAGCGGAUCAACGGCAUGCGCUACGACUACAUGAAAGAUGAGCACGGCCGCUUCUUCAACCCCUUCGACCGCGGCGUCGUCGCCAACCUCCUGGAGUUCGCGGGGGCCGUGCGGCCGCUCGGGGAGGCCGAGCUGCAGCGGCGGCGGCGUCGUCGCGACGGCAGCGGAGUCUCGCUCGUGUGAGCCACGGCCGCGGUGACGACGACGCCGCGGCCGUCGCCUCUCGCCGCCGUCGCCGCACGGACGCCGGAGGAGCCCGGGACGA